AUGUUCCGCGGCUACUACCACUCCUUUUGGCACGAUGACCCCACUGAUCCAUGCAUGUGUGAGCGGUACAACCGGCGUAUCUCUCGAUUGGGAGAGAUGAACAGCGACGAGGGCCCCCAGCUCCUUUUUGUGCGAUCGAAUGUGUCGCACGAGAACAUGAUCGAAGUGCUGCAAGUGCCUGAAUUGAUGAAGCUGCUCAGGGCCAAGUUUGGGAAAUCCUCCAGGCUGCUGUUGAUCCUGGAGAACCAACAGAAGUUUACAGGCCCAGCCUUAGUGGACGAGGACGACCACGUGAUGCUGCACUACCUGAGCAUGGACGUGCACAAAAAGAGCCAUCCAGAUAAUGCCAUGCCCUAUGCUCGACCGGUGGAGUGUGCCCUCGAGUGGUGCGCUCGAAAGACCUUCGCUUGCCGGCACUUUGAAACCUUGAAAGAAGCCUUUCAGCUAGCUCAUCCAUACCCAGGUGGUGAGAGAGGUCUCGGAGGCCUACCAGCCUUUGAAGCAAGCAAAGUGCUCGCCGCAGUGGAGGAGUGCUGCACCACUUGGGAAGUGCCCCAAGCAACCAAAAUCCCUAGAGGCAGGCUGUGAACCGAGCAGACCCAUCGGCAACGAUGAGCCCGUUUGAUUGUGAGGCCGACAAGGCCGACAGGGCCGACAGGGCCGACAGGGCCCACGAGGCCAAAUGGAUUGAUGCGAAAAUGCGAGCCCAGGACCGCGAACAAGCGCCGUCUCAAGGGCUAGAUUCAGCGAAAUGCUUGUGACAUGUGCGAGGUGGAGCUGUGGCUUGAAACUUGACCCAUCCCUGGCCCCAAGCAUCUGCAAUCGCUUGUCAGUGUGUUUCGAGCAACAGCAACUGGAUUU